UACCCAGAAAUACCAUGUCAAAAAUAGGAUUAAGAUUCCAUUGAUUUUAUUACUGCUCCGAUGCUUUUAGGACCACAUAUAGUAGAAAAUUAUGCAUUGCCUGUUUUCCUUGCAGGUGUAAUUGAAUGAAGCGCCGCCUACCAAUGUCCUUUUUUGUUCAUGGUAAAUGCUCAAAUGUGUAUACCAGGUGGGUAAGUCAUGUGAUGUCAUUGCUUUACUGGUAGUUUGUGCUCCAUGAGGUCUGUUUGUGGUCAUCACUAGGCAACGAGAGUGUUCAGUUUACAGUACCUGCACCGCAAAGGUGUGUCUGUAAGAGGACACGGUGCUUAACCAGCAAACUAUUCUAGGAUCGCCUGGGGCAGAUUCCUUCUCCACCAAAAUAUUUAUGGUACAUUAUUUAACACCAGGAUUACUUCAGGUUGGCACUUUUUCAGUAAACGAUAUUGAUCAUCUUUAGAGCUUUGUAUGCCUGUUUCUGUAGACAGAAUGGCCUUAGCAAGUGGACACUGGGUUGCCAAGGAAACGAAAGGUAAACCGCCAAGCCCCAGGCACAGCCAUGCGCUAGCUGUGGCUGGGAAUAUAGCUUUCCUGUUUGGAGGGGUGUCCACCAUAUCCCAUGAGGAGGAGCAGCCAGUAUAUUUGAAUGACUUCUACAUGCUCACAGUUUCAGCCACUCACAUCACAUGGGAGGUGAUGCCACAGAAUGGGGUUGUACCCUCAGCAAGAGAAGGACACACACUUUGAUAUAUUCUCCCUGCCUCCGCAGUGUGGUUAAAGGCAAGCUCUACCUGUUUGGAGGAGUGGACAGUCCGCAGGCUGGAGAAUGUCUUCCUGGAGUCUACUGCUUUGACAUAGUGUCAUUGACGUGGGAGCGGCUUGCCACAGGGGGUGUGUCUCUUAGAACCAUCAGACACAGUUCCGUCUCCGUGGGAGACAACAUUUAUGUCUACGGUGGGCUCCUAGAUGGUGUCCCCACUGAUGACCUCAUGGUGUUCAACACAGUCUCUCUGAACUGGACCCCAGUCAAGACCACUGGCACUCUGCCAUCUGCAAGAUACAACCACACGUUUGCUGUAGUCAGUGAGCAGGUGUUCAUGUUUGGGGGAUGUGCUGAGGAUGGCUGCUACUACAAAGACGUUCAUGUUCUCAACACGGAAACCCUGGUGUGGCAGAGGUAUGGUGUGAAGGGGGAGUCGCCCCUGGCCUGUGCAGGUCAGACCCUCACAGCACAUCAUGACAAGGAUAUUUACUUGUUUGGUGGAAAAUGCACCAGUCAGGAUGGAACUGUCACAUCAACCAAUGAAAUUCAUAAAUUAAGCAUUGCUAAGAUGAAAUGGAAGGUGCCUCUCUAUGUGGGGAUUCCUCCGGCCCGCCGUCAUGACCAUACAGCCUUCAUCCUUCACAGCCAUGUGUGUAUAUAUGUAUUUGGCGGCAAAAAUGAAGAACAAGAAUUCAAUGACCUGAAGGUGAUGAAAUUGAUUAACCCAUCCGAAAGACAGCCAGUGAUGAAGCAGAUUCUAUCUGAGUUUGGGCUUCAGGGAGUCAGCCAUGGCUUCGUGCCGACAAAGGUCCCCAAUGUCAAGUAUGAGCUGAGUGAGUCUCCAUCUCUUUUUUCUGUGAGGACGGAUGCAGCUGCCUCUGCACAGGUUACAGCCCAAAGAGACUUCAGUGCCGUCCGAGAUGAGGCGAUGGAUAUGAUCCAUAAAGCUUUCUCCAUGCUUGAUGGAGAGUUUCAGAAGCUUGACAGAGAAAGGUCAGAGCUUGCUCAGUCUGCAGCUGCUCUUCAGUACAAGAGAGAAUCUCACCAAGCCCACCAUCAGCAACAGGAGGAGGAACUACAGGAAAUGCUUGAGCGACACAGAGCCCAGAAUGAGACCUGGCUACGUGCACGGGCAGAGGAGAAUGACAAGGAAAGGAAGGGGCUGUGUAAACUCAGGGAGGAGAUUGUGCACGAGCAGGGGAGACUGGAAGAGGAGCAGGGAAACAUCCAGAAACGCAGCGAACAUCUCCUAUCCAUCAUGCAACAGUUUAAAGGCAUGUAAAGACACGUAACCAUGGCAACCAACUUGGACGUGCGGAGUUUGUGGGUGUGGCUUACUUUCCAAGGAUGACCAACUCAAAAGCGUCUGUAAAAAGGAAAUGUGACAUUCAUUUGUGUUUUUCCACUGGUGGGUGUGUUUGAAUAGUUAGCAUUUUGUGCAUAGCUAAGAUUAACUUUUGUUGUCUUUUGCCAGAUAGUCAUAAUAUCUUUAGCGAGACAGGGGGAUAAUUUUGACACUGUCAAAAGAAAAAACACCACUCAAGGCAUUUGUUUAAACCUCAGGAAUGGUUGCUAAAAAAAAUCCUAGGACAUAUCAAAAUUGGUAAUGAUAGGUCUAAGCAAAAUGUUGUAAAGGAGAAUAAUUAACUGAGUUGUAGAUUGAUGUAGCCUAAUCAUGUUCAUAAAAAUGUUGGAUUAUAUCUUGUCAAAUCUGCAUAAAACAACUUUCUGUUCCCUCAUCUUUCAAAUAAUCCUACACUGAAGGCUUACACUUUUAUGAACAUACUUUAAAAGAACUGACGGAAUGUUAUAUUCUAAAUGUGGGCAAACCAGAUAUUUUCUUAGGCAAACCCUGUAUGGGAAUAGAUAACUCACAAAUUAAACCAAAAAAGAUAUAGAAAAAAAUGCUUUGCAUAAGAAUUGGUUGUCAAUUAAAUAAUUUACUCAAAGAGCUUUCCUCUUGUCCUCCAAUUGUUACCAGCCCUGUCGCAGCAUAGAGAUCCUAUUAAAUGA